AGGAGAUAUAUAUGAAGUAACCACAAUCCACACUUAAUCAAUUGUACAAUCCAUACCAACCACAGACCAAAUGAGGAAAAGGACUAACCAACCACUGAUCGUAUAAAUAUAACUGCUUAUCUAGUGAUCUGCUUUUGUUUCAGUCCAAUCUGCCCAGAUAUGUGAUUAUAGUUUGUAAUUUUUGUGUUACUUAUAUUUUGUGAUUUAUAAAUGAAUAUCCAACUGAGUGGUUUCCUUUAGUCUUAUUUUGCUGGUUACGCUUCAAAUGUUUAUGAGAAAUCCCAAUAUGUGGCUCUGCUUAUUUUUAAUGUUUGCCUCUCUUAGGGCUCGUCUAAUAUCAGAUGAUGUUUCAGCUGAUGAUGUCGAUGUUGAGGAUGUACCCAAGUGGCCGUCAGCAUACAUUGUGAGAGGAAUGCUCCAGAUCCCGUAUGCUGAGAUAUCUGAACCGUUUGAAGCUUGGUAUGACAAUAGCCAGGGCUCAAGUAGGAUAGACUAUUAUAAUGGCACGGUGAAGACUUAUCAACUCAGCAAAGAUGGCAAGUUUGGUACCUACUACAAGUUGGAACCAGUGCUCACUACCAUCAGAUGCUUUAAAACCGAAGGCACCUUACACAAGAAAGUCCUGCCUCAGAGUAUUCUACCUGACAUGACAGGUUAUAAAUUCAAGGAGGAAGCAGAAAUGAGAGGUGUGAAGGCAGAGAAGUGGGAGCGAGUGUCAGUGUCCGAUACUGUAUUCACUGUCUAUCUCUUUUGGAAGAAGGAAGCAAGCACCAAAGUUAUCAUACCAUUACGUUAUGAACAGAAAGGGACAGACCAUCAUUACAUGGACUUUGAAUACUUUUCAGCUACUGCUCCGACUCCUGCAAUAUUUCAAGUCGAAGACAAGACAUCAUGUAAAUCGAUGAAUGAGACAGAACUUGGUGGGGUAGAGGAACAGCUUGUGUACAGCUUUAACCCUAUACAAGAGUUUGUGGAUGAGAAUAUGGACCAUGUGAACAAUGCUUGGCUCAACUAUAAACAGGAGUUCAAUAAAAUGUACAGCCCAGAAGAGGACAUCCAGCGGAAAAAUAUCUUUAGACAAAAAAUGAGAUUUAUAACAUCCACAAACCGAGCCAAUCUGAGUUACUCAUUGGGCGUGAACCAUCUUGUGGACUACACUCCUGAAGAGCUCAAGGCACUCACUGCUUGCUCGUUCAGCAGUGGCUUCUUUGAUGGCGAUGUACCAUUUGAGGAAAUUGGCAAUGAGACAUCGGAUGGUUUAUCAGUACCUGGUUUUUGGGACUGGCGAAACAGAGGAGCUGUCACACCAGUCAAAGAUCAGGGCAACUGUGGCUCUUGUUGGAGUUUCAGUAGUACCGGAGCUAUUGAAGGGGGCUACUUUGUAAAGACCAGACGUCUAGUUACCCUAUCUGAGCAGGUUUUGAUGGAUUGUUCGUGGAACUACGGAAACAGAGGUUGUAAUGGAGGGUACAUGGAGGGUGCCUUCAAGUGGGUCAUGAGGAAUAGAGGCAUUCCCUUGUCCCGAGCUUAUGGACCGUACCUUGGAAGGCAAAACUACUGUCAUAUGAAGAAGGGGAUGCCAGAAGUGAGGAUCAGAACCUAUGGUCAUGUCAAAAAGCUGUGCCCCAUCUGUCUCAAAAAGGCUUUGAUAAAGUAUGGCCCCGUCGCCAUCGGCAUGCACGCUAAUAACGCCUUCUUGUACUACAAGCGAGGAGUCUUCAAUGACAAUAGAUGCCCCAAAAAUAAAAUGAACCAUGCUAUUUUGCUUGUUGGAUAUGGCAAACUCUUUGGGAGAGAUUACUGGUUGAUCAAGAACUCUUGGAGCAAUCUAUGGGGUAUUGGUGGUUACGCCCUCAUGGCUAUUAACGGGAACAUUUGUGGGGUCAUGCAAGAUCCUAUGGUUGUCCUGUUUUAGUUUUUAAACUUAACUCAUUUAAAUUUUCAUUGUUAGUCUUAACAUUUUAGGUUUUAUAGAUUAUGUAUUAAAGAAUAUUAAUUUAGUGAGUUGUAUCAUGCAAUAAAUAUGUGGGUCAUA